AUGGACUUGUUAAAUUUAGGUAGUCAAUCCCGUAAAACCGGGCUCCGGCCUCGUGCUAAUUUGACUAAGGACAAAUACAAUAUGGAUGACAUCGACGAGUUCUUUUCAGACGAUGAAAAGAGCCCCACCAAUACGUUGCUAGCCAGGCGUGGUAAUGGACAGCAAAGGACAGGAAGUUUGAUCCUGGGUACUAAGGAGAUUCAUUCAAGCGCCACUGGGCGUAAAAGCGGUUCCUACAAUCACUCAGUGACACCUAAGGAUAAUAUAGAUAAUGUGGCGAGAAUGAUCAAUUUCACUGACGCUGAGGCUGCCUCAUUCAAUUUGUCACCAAUACUGUUGUCAUCAAAGUAUUCCGCCAAGAAGAAGAACAAGAAAUCUCCAUUGCGUUCGCCAUUGCCAGAACGAAGCCAAUCAAAGGGAAAGGAAGAAUUUGAUGAUUUCAAUAUAGACCAUGGGAUGGAUUAUUACGAUAACAACGGAUUUGACUAUGAUGAGCAAGAAGAUAACGAUGAGGCAAGUCGAGAUUUCGAAGAUAAGGUAUUGUCCCCUGUAAGUCACUCUCCAGUCACCAAACCUAAGCAAACAAUCAAGAGCUCGACUUCCAAGAAUAGUGGUUCUUCGUUAACUAAGAGCAUGGCUUUGGGGGCUAAUUCAAAAAGACGGAGACCAGCAUUAAUAGAAGACUCCGACGACGAUGAUGAAGAAACCACCAAUGAAUUCAUAGAAGACAACAGCGAACUACCCUCCCCUCCUCCAACAACGAAGAAGUCAGUUGUAAGGCGACGCAUUCAAGAUAGAGUCUCAGAAACAGUAACACGCCCAUCCCCACUUCCUUCUCCUCCACCAGAUGGACUUCGUCGAUCCAAAAGAACCAGGAUUGCCCCAUUGGCCUUUUGGAGAGGCGAAAGAAUUGUCUACACACGGGCUUUCGAGUCAACUCAAGAUCCAGAUACAACCUUGGCAAAUGAUAUAAAAAAGGUUCCAUUACAGGAAAUAAAGGAAGUUGUUCACAUACCAGAUACGGCUGGUGUAAUAGCUAAUACAACAAAAAAGAAAACAAGACUGAGAUCAAAGCUAGGGUCCAAGAAAAAGGAAUUAAAGGAUUCAUAUGAUUACGAAUCUGAUCCGGAGAUAUCUGGCUCUGAGUGGUUUAAAGACAAGGCCCUCACCCUUGUUGUUGUUGAGAAUGAUCAGAAAACCGAAAAGUUGGUUGCUGUAGCGCCCAAUGGUGGUGAUUUUGAGACACCAAGAGAUGUCAAUCCGGGUAUGGAUAAUUUCACGAUUGCUCCUCUUUUCAAUCAGGACCAAGAAUUCAAUGCUACAGGACUAAUUGAUUUUCCUUUCGAAGGAGCCAAGCUGUUAAGGGAUUCCGGGGAUGUGAUCUAUAACUUUCACGUUGUAAAGGGCUUGAUUGAAGUCAAUCUAAAUAACGAGAAGUUCAUCGUUACCAGAGGGUGUUCUUUUCAAAUCCCAAGCAAAAACACAUACGGGUUCAAAAAUAUUGGAAAUUGUCCGGCUAGAUUGUACUUCGUACAGAGCCGGAUCCCUAACAAUGAGCUGGAUGAUGAGAGUUGGUAA